AUGUUUUCGGGUUAUGAAGAUUUUGGAGAUUUGAUUGAUUCAAAAAAUAUUUUACACUGUAAUCAAGCUUUAGUCAUAAUGCUAAAAGGUAUAAAACAUUCAUGGAAACAAGUAAUUGGUUACUUUUUUUCAAGUGGACCUAUAUCAGGAGUAAAACUUAAAACUAUUAUAUCAAGUACUAUUCAAAAAAUAUCUUCAAUAAAUCUUAUUCCAAAGGUCAUUAUUUGCGACCAAGGAACAAAUAACCAACAAUUAAGAAAACUAUUCGGUGUAACAAUAAAUGAACCAUGGAUAACUUAUGAAAAUAAUAAAAUAUUCUUUAUGUACGAUACACCUCAACUUUUAAAAUCGGUUAGAAAUAAUUUUAAAAAGUAUGAUUUUAAACAUCAAAACGAAAUAUACUCAUGGACAGAUAUUGUAGCUUUUUAUAAUCUUGAUAAAGACAAAGUGCCAAGACUAGCCCCAAAGCUUAAAGAAAUACACAUAAAGUUACCGCCAUUUUCACCAAUGCGUGUAUGUUUGGCAGCACAGACUUUUAGUCGCACUGUAAGUUCUGCAAUCUUAAAACUUGUAUCAAAUAAUCAACUUUGUUCAAAAGCAGUCUAUACUGCAAAAUUUAUCAAGCUUUUAGAUGAUUUAUUUGAUGUGUUCAACAGCGCCUCAUUUGACGAAUGCAAAAAACCAUUAUCUGAAAAUACAAUCCAUUGGAAAUUAUUAAAUGAAGCACUACAGUUUUUUAAUGAAUUAGAAAUAAAAAAUGCAUAG